GGAACACACGUAUCCUUAUAUCCAAACACAUCUCACCCCCCUUCGAGACUUCUUCCUUCUUCCUUCUUCUUCUUCCUCGCCGAUCGCAACUUCCGUCUUCUCUCAGCAAAUCCUUUAACGACAAUGGAUUACGACUUCAGAAACAAGUCAGGUCCCUCCUACGGCCGUCCUAUGUACCCAUCUCCUUCUCCAUCAUCUAUGUACACCGGUCCUCCCGGAUACCCAAAGAUCGGUGGCGGCCAACCGUUUUUCCCUCCGCCGCCGGAGAGAACCCCGUCGUUUCAACACAACCCCUCUUCAUCUGGAUUAGGAAUCAAGGUGACUCUCAAGCCUGACUAUCGUAUCACUCCUCCGCCUCCGUUGUUGCCUCGAGUUGGAGAUGUUCCUAGGAGCAGCUUUCAGUUCGAUUUCGGACUAGAAAGGAAGGUUCUUGCUGAGGCGGAGAAGGAUAACCCUGAUUGGAGCAAGUUUGGGUCCGACCAUCCUCCUCCUCCUCCUCCACCGGCGAACUUUUCACAACCGCCGCCGGCUAAUUUUGCACAACCACCACCGGCACAUUCAAUGGGUGUAGAUCCUGUAGUGAUGAAAUAUGCUGGGCUAAACCGAGAAGCUGUCAACAUCGCUGUUGCAAACUAUGGUGAUAAUCCCACAAAGGUUCAUGAAUUUGCAAAUGGGUUCAGUGCGAUAAGGGAGAUGGGGUUCCCAACGAACGCUGUUGCAGAUGCUCUCUUCAUGUUCGAGAACGACACUGAGAAGGCAUUGUCACAUUUGCUCCAUGGUUCUUCUUGAACUUUUUUUAGACUUUCAAAUUAUCCUCCUUCUAUAGUGUGUAAGUAAAACAUCGAAUAAUGUAAAAGAUUGACAAAAGUAUAAACAUUGUUUUCUUUCA